UAUUCAAGAUGGAGGAGAGCGACAGGUCCUCCCCGUCUACACCAGAAUUAUUGUCAUAUUCUGCUGAUGAAGAGCCUCUAGAGCUUGCAAAGAAAGCUGGAAAGAAAAAUUUAUUACAAUGGAUGGAGAUUACAGUAUCAGAACCAGAGAAAAGAACUGUUACUUCUAUGAAAGUUCAGGAUACAUUUUAUGUUUAUCUUAUUGAGACAAGAAUUACAGACAACAGUUUGGCAUGUAAAGGUGAUGGAACAACAUCAUUAUGGAGAAGAUAUAAUGAGUUUGAGUUGUUAAGGAACUACUUGGAAUGUACCUAUCCUGCACUGGUCAUCCCUCCGCUUCCUGAGAAAAAGCCAUCAUACCUUUGGCAAGGAGCACCAACAGAUAAAUUUGAUCCAGAAUUUGUUGAAAGACGACGAGCUGCACUUGAGAUUUUCCUGUUAAGGUUAGCAGCUCAUCCAAUUCUAAGUCAAGACAGAAUGUUUAUAUCAUUCCUACAACAGGAUGAAGGUUGGAAAGAAGCAGUCUACUCAACAGACUUUCAGAGCAAAUCUGAAUCAAGGUUAAAGGCAUUGAGUGCUGCAUACAGAUUGAAAAAGCCAGAAAAGAGAUUUGAGGAGCUAAAGAACUACAGUAAUGAAUUAGAAAGUAAUAUAGCCAACCUACUAAAGAUAAGAGCUAGAAUGGCAGACAAGGUUUAUGGUAUACAUAAAGUACAUUCCAACUAUGGCAGAGUUUUCUGUGAGUGGAGUGGUAUUGAGAAAGAGAUGGCAGAACCUUUAAAAAGUUGUGGACAUUAUAUGAACGUUUAUGGACAGACUGUAGAGGGUAUAUUAGAAGAAGAGGAACAAUAUGCUGAUCAAUUGAAAGAAUACAUGGCAUUUGCUGAUUCAUUAAGGACAGUAUGUAGGAAGUAUGAAUGUAUGCAGUAUGAUUUUGAGAGAGCUGAGGAUAAUCUGACAAACAAACAAAUACAAAAAGAACAACUAAACCUAGGAAAAGCAGGAAGUUCAUUCUCACUGACAGGAAUGAAGUCAAAAAUUUUUGGUGGAGACACACCUGAACAAAGAGAACACAAAAUUAAACAGUUAGAGGAACAAAUUAAACAGACUGAUGUAGACCUUAGAAAAGUAGGGGAGGAAACCCAAAAGUUUAUUGACACAGCUUUAAGAGACAUAGACAGAUUCAAAAGACAGAAAGUGAAAGAUUUAAAAGAAAUAUUUACAAAUUAUGCCAUAAUGCAGAUUAAACAAUGCAAAAAGGGAAUAGCUGUUUGGACAAGUGCUAAAGAUUGUUUGACAAAGAUGUGACCAUUUAGACCAGUAGUGACAAUCUACAUGGCUUAAUAAGAGAAGAAAAGUUAAACAAUGGAACAUGUGAUCCCAGAAAUGAACCAAAAUGGCUGCCUGCACUAUAAAUUGAAAAAAAAGAUUCAAAAGUAUAUCCUGGUUGUUGGUAUAUUUUAUUAUGAAAUAGUUUCACAUUGAAAAACAAAUUGUAGCAUGUUCUUUUCCUUUUGGUUUAAGUUUCAUUAAAUUUUACUGAUGUAUAGUGGAUAGGAAGCCAGAAAUUGUAAACAUUCAGGCUAUUUGAAAACAUUUUCAAGUUUAGUAUGAAAAAUUGAUAUUGAAACAGAAUCAAUGAACACAAACACAUCUUGUUGAAUGCUAUUAAACAAUGUGUGCAUUUGUUAUAGUGAGAAUCUAAUAAACAGUGAAAAGGCAAGAUUGGUAAUUGUUACAUGUACAAGUAUAUGUUAUGAAAUUUUUGUGUUAUUAACUGGCUUAUUCUGUUUCAGCCCUGAUAUAGAUUUUAGGUUAGCAGUUUUAAGCCUAGGACCAGGAUGGGUCAAGUUGUGUUGAAAUUGCUUUUGCCUCUUCAGUGUAAUUUUGAACACCUCUGAUUCUGUUUCCCCUACCUAUUUGGUGUUCAAUAUGUUUGCUUUUGUAGUUUCCAAACAACAUUUGGAAAACAACCAUUAGUGAAAUAUCCUAAAUUGGGUUUGGUUUAAUAUAAUACAGUUUUUGUCGAGCCUACAACAUUUAUGUCGCGAAAGCGAGACAUAGUGAUCCUAGAUUCAGUCAUCGGCGGCGUCAACAUUUAGGUUCAGUCUGUGGUUGAAGUUUUUUUUAGACAUUAUUAACUUUGUCUAACCUUCAUGGAAUUUUAGGAAAUUUGGACAGAAGCUUGUUUAUGACCAAAAUACAGUAUCCAGAGUGAAAUUUUGAAAAUAUUUAUUUUCAUUUUUCCAUAUUUUACUGAUAAAUGGACUUAGUUUUUUUUACAGAUAAACAUUCAGAUUCAGUCUGAGGUUAAAGUUUUUCUAUCAUCAAUAACUUUGUCAAACCUUUAAGGAAUUUUAUGAAAUUUGGACAGAAGCUUGUUUAUGACCAAAAUACAGUAUCUAGAGUGAAAUUUUGAAAAUAUUUAUUUUCAUUUUUCCAUAUUUUACUGAUAAAUGGACUAAAUUUUUUUUACAAAUAAACAUUCAGAUUCAGUCUGAGGUUAAAGUUUUUCAGUCAUCAAUAACUUUGUCAAACCACUAAGGAAUUUUAUGAAAUUUGGACAGAAGCUUGAAAGUGACCAAAGUAGAGAAUUCAGAACAAAAUUUUGAAUAUAUUUUAUUUUCAUUUUCCAGUAUUUUACUGAUAAAUGGACUUAGUUUUUUUUACAAAUAAACAUUCAGAUUCAGUCUGAGGUUAAAGUUUUUCAGUCAUCAAUAACUUUGUCAAACCACCAAGGAAAUUAUGAAAUUUGGACAGAAGCUUGAUAGUGACCAAAAUAGAGUAUUCAGAACAAAAUUUUGAAAAUAUUUUAUUUUCAUUUUCCCGUAUUUUACUGAUAAAUGGACUUAGUUUUUUUUUAUAGAACUUUAAAAAGUUGAUACAGUCUAGGGUUAAAGUUUGUUACAAGUCAAUUACUUUGUCAAAGCUUCAUAGAAUUUAUGAAACUUUGGCAGAAGCUUUUUUAUGAUUAAGAGAUAAUGUCUGAAGCAAACUUUUGAAAAUAUAUUUUUUUCAUUUUCAUUUUUUUUUUCUGAUAAGAUAGACUUAGUUUUUGACAGUGAACAUUUACAGGUAGUCUGGGAUUAGAUUUUUUUGACAUGAUAAAUUUGUAAACCCUCAUCGAUUGUUAUGAAACUUGGACAGAAGCUAAUCUUCAAUAACAAGAAACAGCAUCUAAAGAAAAUUAAAAAUUUUUUUUUUUAAAUUUCUGUAUUUUACUGAUAAAUGGACUCACAUUUUAAAGUCAAUAUUACACUUUUACACUGACAGCAGCAAUAGCAGGUGAGAAACUGGGUUCUGCGGAACCCCUUACGAAUUUUUUUGUGUAUUGGACCAUUGGCUGAAAAGAUGUAUUAAUAUCAGCAGGGCUAAGUCAUUACAUUUUAGUACAACACAAGUUGAUUUUACCAUAUUAGAGCUGAUUUAAUCAAACAAUUUAAUAUUAAAAAUUAAUGCAGGAAAUAGAAUUAGAGCUCUUGUUACUGUUAAUAUUUUCACAUUCAGGUAUCCAAAGAAUACAAAACAAUAGUAGAGAUGAUUUAUAUAUUUCUUGAUGUAACAGUCAUUCUAAUUUGACAUGAUUGGUGCAUUUAUAUAAACUCUACUGAAAUAUAAAUAGUAUAUGCUAUUUCAAUAGGUUGAACAAAAUAAGCAUAUUACAACUUAACUGAAGUCAUACACAUUUUUUACUUGCAUCUAAGCUUUUUUGUGAUCACAUGGUCAAUUAUGCAAUAGAUUCCUACAAAGAUGAAUAAACACUCCAAAGUCUGAAUUUACAUUGGCCUUUUCACCUUGUCUAACAGAAUGUUAGUUGGUUUUCUACAUAACUGACAAAGUGCAUAUGAUUGCUUUUCUAAAAUAAAUGUUGAAUCUAGCUUGGCCACCCUGCUUUAUAUGUAUUAAAAAUGUAUAUACAAAUGUAUCAUGUGAAAAUUACAUACUUCAAGUGGAAACAAAUGUUUUCAGUUGUGUCAUUGUUGUAGCUUAGCAGUGUUUUUUUUUCUUCUACAAAAUGAAUCUUUUGUUUCUCAGAAAUCUAUACUGGUAAGAAAAUUGGCAUUCAUUUUACUAGUAUUCAUUUUGAAUAGCUCAGUUCAGCUACAUUUAAAUUAUACAAAUUCAAUUGCAUGUGUUUGAAGUCAUAUCGCAGACAUGUAUCAUACAUUUCUGAUGAUUACUAUGUAUAUCCUCUUUUUAAGUCAACAAUUAGUUGCAAUACUAUAUAGAUAUCCUUGUAAAAUUCAAUAUGAAAAAUUCUGAGCAUCAAAAGAUUAAUUUUGAAGGACUAUUAUUUAUUGAAUUUAAAUAUUUGUGCAAUAUGUUGUUAUUUUUUUUUGUUUACAAUUGUUAAAAUAAAAAUACCUCAGAGAUAAAAAGCCUUUUGAUACAUUACCUAGUAUGAGGGGUGUUCAGUUAGAAAAAACUUUUCUUGAUGCAGAUAAAAUCUAACCUUUUUUAAAGCAAUUGCUUUAAUGCUAUGGCCUAUAGCCAUUUUUGUGACCCAGAUCAAGUCAAAGUUUUUUUUAGCAGAAUCCUAAUCUGUUAUUCUUAAAAUCCUAUAUAUGUUUUCUAAUGACAUACAUUAAUAAAAACAGUUGAAAAAUAA